AUGGACCAAGACAGCGCCAGCCUGGGUUACCUUGAGGUGAAUCAUCCCUCCGAACAUGCAUCCGUGCCUGCGUCCGCAGAUCCCACACCUGCUCCUCGCGAGCGAAGCAGCAGCGACUCGCCAAAGGCCAGCCUCGAGGGCAAGAUUGGUGUCACUGACCACUCAGCUUAUAUGUCACCAAAAUUACGAAGCGUUCUUUUGUGGGAGCGACCCGUCAUCUCGGCCGCUCACCUGGCUGGAUCGUUGACGCUCGUGUUCUUGUGCCGAUGGGUCUCGUUGUUGAACCUCGUCUCUGGACUCUUUGUCUUGGGCAUCUCGGGGUCGUUUAUCUAUGUCAAUGGUCUCUUGGCGUUCAACCGUGUCACCAACAAAUCCGGCGGCCGUCCACUCGAAAAAUAUUACUCCCGUUCCGCCGAGUUUGUGCAUGUUGAUACAGACACUCUCCACCGCAGGGUUGAUUAUGUGACAGAUGGUCUGAAUGUCGUCCUGACAGAGCUGGCCAAGGUCGUGCUUAUCGAGAACAACAAGCGCAGUCUGAAGUAUAUCGGUAUCUUCUACGCAGUCUGGACUCUCCGCACAUGGUUUGCGACGACCACACUCCUGGCCAUGAUCUUGGUCUCGCUGUUCGCUGUCCCUCGUUUGUACAUCGAUAAUCAGACAUUGAUCGAUGCCCAAGUGGCCAAGGCCAAUGGGCUGGUGCAAGAGCAUGUUGAGAAGGGUCGCCAGAUGGCUCAGGAGCAAUGGAACAAGGUUGAAGGUUUCGCCAAGAGCAAGGGUCUUUUGAAGAAGUCGGAGAUCAAGACGGAGUAA